AAUCGACGAGCAAAACACUUCCUGUUUCUUGUUUUGAUUUAUGCUUCCAAAACAUCAACAUUUGUGGCAAAAAAUACAACUCAGUACAGUAUCAGGCGCAUACACCGUUUGGGACGAAUGAAUAACAGGGUCACUUCCACGAUGACACUCUUGACCAAACGUUAAAGAAGUAAAAAACUAACCCGGCUCUGACUAUGCGAUUAUCCUGUGUUCUCCUGGCAAAGACGUGGACCCCGAUGUUGCUUAGUCAUGGACCAAAGAGUAGGUAGGAGGGAUGCGAGGAGCGCAUCCUAUUGGCUAUGAGAGGACGCGGCUGUGGUCAACUCGGUAGAACUUUUUUUUUUCAGUGUACAAACUUGACUGAGAAGCCAAUGUCUGAGCAAACCAAGCCCGUGCUCCAUGGAUACUUCAGAAGCUCUUGCUCAUGGCGGGUGCGCAUUGCUUUCGCCCUGAAGGGUAUGGAAUAUGACCAGGUGCCCGUCAAUCUGAUCAAAGAUGGAGGUCAGCAGCUCACAGAAGACUACAAGACUUUAAACCCAAUGCAGCAAGUACCCGCAGUUGAAAUUGACGGCGUCACCCUUUCUCAGUCGUUGGCGGUAAUCCAGUACAUUGAUGAAACAAGGCCCGAACCGCGUCUCCUGCCCUUGGACCCCAAAAAGAGGGCUCAGGUUCGGAUGAUAAGUGAUCUCAUAGCUUCUGGGAUUCAACCUCUGCAGAAUCUACACGUGAUCCAAAAGAUUGGCGCAGAGAAGGUGCAGUGGGCGCAAUACUUCAUUAAUCGAGGUUUUGAAGCUCUUGAGCCUCUGCUGAAGCAAACUGCUGGGAAGUAUUGUGUCGGCGAUGAGAUAUCCAUGGCUGACAUCUGUCUGGUCCCACAAGUCUACAAUGCAGAGAGGUACAUUUUGGAAAAUACUUUUACUGCACAGUGCCCAAGAUAUGAUUAAAAAAAAAAAAAAAAAACAUACAUUUUCCUUCCAAAAUGAAAACAGUUCCCGGGUGUUUUAACAUGCUUUUGUCAAAAUACUCCAAGGGUCAAGAAUUUUUCUUGCUAUCGUGAUCUCCACUUGUUUUGACUCCUGCGGUGCAUCAGUCGUCAUCGCAGCCCACAUACUGCUGGGCGAAUGCCAAGCCUCGCUUUCAUUACGUAGAUUGACAACCAGUCGGCAGGCAUUUGGCUGGCUCCUUUCCCGCCUCACUUGGCAACUGUGUGCUCCUACUUGUGGAAGCCGAGCCUCCAAGCCUGGAAAAGAAGUCAAGGCCCUGGACAACAAAAGCAUGUUCACAUUUGCCAAAUAAACACACCUUGAGCCCCACCAAAUGCAACAGACAUCAAGACAACUGGGAACUGUCUUACAUGGUUUAAAAAAAAAA